AUAUUUCAUUGAUUCUGCGCAUCUUUGUGUUAUGGCUCAGCUGUUAAUUUAGGAACUCAUUACAUGAUUGGAAAAUGCAGUCUUUCACAAAUCCUGCAUCAGCAAAUGACAGUUUUUCUUUUGCCAACAGCCAAGCAAUCUUAAGCUACUCAACGUGAUCAUUUCUGUUUCACUGAUUGCUGUUUUUAGUACCUGCUGAGUAAUUAGCUACAGUUUCAAACUGACAAUUUUACGUCCCAUUCAGCAGAUCCAAGUGGAAAAUGUAUCUGCAAAACAAGUGUGAUUCAUGAUCAUUUGGCGCUUCAGCUUAACAACAAGAACCACUCAGACUUGUGUUGCACAUAAAAAGGUUUGUCAUUCAGUUCUAUAACGGAAACUUCCAGCUCCCGCCUUUCGCUAAUGCUACGCUUUGGUGCCAACUUCGCCUUCUUUGAAACAGCUGGGAUAUUUUCAUUCAAAUCUCUACGACUUGAACACAGAAGGCUUUACCCUGUCUUUUGUAAAUCACACCGCAAAGCGAUCCAUUGAAACCACCAAACGCAAACUGUACACUACAAACCAAUGAGUUGAGGAAGCUUGUUGAUCACGUUACUGAGGUAUGGAAGCCAGUGUACAGUUUUUAGCGCCAUCUGCUGUUUGGAACAAAUUGAAUUUUUUAUUUUAUGUAUUCACUGUCAGGAAUUAUAUUAUUAAAUACGCAAUCAAUCCUGUUGAAACUAUUCUGUGCUUAUGUGUUGAUCCACCAAUAAUCUUUUGAGAUCCAGGAAUGGCUACCACUGCUCUAUCCUAAUCCCUUAUCAAAAAUGGUUUAUUGAACAGAUUAUUUAGAUACUCCAGGCUGUAAAACUGACCAUGGAUUUAGUACAAAAAAGAAAAUAUGUAUUAUUUCAAUCCACAACGGUGGUUUUAUGUAAACAGAGAACUAUUACAUUUUGACACCCAGUGAAUACUUGUCAAAUACAGGUGCAGUAAAUUACAAGGAGGGUAUGUCUGCUCAUAUUUUUAAAUACUCUGGCCUACGUUAAAACAGUUUUGUCCUGAUUUGUGCUUUUAACAAAGAAUGAAAGCAACCCCCUUGUGUGUUUUAUCCUUUUUUUUUUCCUGUUCUACUAAUUUAGGAAUAACUGAAUUGUCUCAUCUUGCCUUGUCACUAACAUUACUUAUUCACCUACUAACAGUUGCAACGUUAGAGAUGCCCGAGUAGAAUCACAGAGUUUCACUUUGUUUACAAGCAGGCUUACGGCCAGCCUCUUCACUGUUUGCUCAACUCUUUGUCCUUCUCUCAUUCCUAUUGGCCUGUUCCCUCACUUUGACCCCCUGGGUCUGCUCUUCUUGUGCACUGCGGGAGAGAGCCCAUUCUUCCAGAAAGGCUAUCCUGAAAAAGGCACCUCCGUGCAUGAAUAGGCUACCCAUACUGGUAUGCGAUCUUACAUUUAUAAUAAGAACUCUAUCAUUGGGUCCCAGGCUGAGCACUGUGGGAUGAGAACGUAUUACUUCAGUGCAGAUACACAUGAAGAUAUGAACAGCUGGAUCCGUGCCAUGAACCAAGCAGCACUAAUGCAGACCCACACGGCAGAAAGAGAAGCAGGGAAAACGGAAAAGCAAGCCGUUCCCCAGACGAACCACGUGAACUCAAACAAGGGCUACACCCAGGCAGCGGUGCCUCCGAAUCAAGAGCGGACCCUGAGACCAGUUGGCGAGACGCUUGGCUUCGAGAAGCGGGAGGAGAUUCGUAAAGAAAGCGAAGAUGAGGAGAGGUACGGCUUUUGGAAGGACACGCUCGAGGACCAAAACAAAGUGAAGUCUCCAGCGAGGGUAGUGGAGGUUGACAGUUUGGUUACUGAGCCUGUCGGUUCGUCUCGUGCCCAGCCGGUCCAGAGGAAUGGAACCCUACCCAGCGCAAUGCCAGCGGAGCAGAAUGGAAACCCUGUGUACAAGAGAGGGUUUGUGCCCAGAACAGACACAGAGAAGCAUGUGCAAAGAAAGACCAACUUGUCACAGGUGGAGCACUGGGUGAAACUGCAGAGAGGAGACUCUAAAAGUUCCAGCCUUCCAGCAUCCGAACAAACUCUUUCUCGGAGAACUCCUGCCAGCCAGCCCCAGCCGAGCACUGAGAACUACCAGACUUUGCCAAAGAACUCCCGGCAGCCAUCGAGCAGCCCCCCUCCGGUGUCUCGCAACCUGCCAAGCGAUUACAAAUACGCCCAUGACCGGGUCAGCCACUUUCGCAUGUCCAACCAAGAGCGCAAGGCCCACAAGGAGGGCACUGUAUGGCAGCUCUACGAGUGGCAGCAAAGACAGCAAUUCAAACACGGCAGCCCUACUGCCCCCAUAUACACAGGUGCUCCAGACUAUGUCGACUCCAGUGCCCCAAAGGUUUCAUUAGAGGCCCCUCGGUCCAUUUCGGUACCACCUUCCCCCUCUGACAUCCCCCCAGCGGGACCACCACCCAAGGCCUUGUCGCCUCGGAGACCGCACACUCCUGCAGAGAGGGUCACGGUUAGGCCUGUCGGUGAGAGGCCGACUGCUGACAUCCCUGCAUCAGGUUCGCCACGCAGGAUACGCGCUCAUGUUUCAAAGACAGCACAUGUUGACAGACGCUCCUUGCCACCAAUGGGCUACAUGACACACACAGUGAGCGCUCCCAGUUUGCAUGGGAAAACGGCUGAUGAUACUUACAUGCAACUGAAGAAGGACCUGGAGUAUCUAGACUUGAAGAUUAGAAAUAUUAACCCUUUGAUCAUCAUGGUUCACAAGGUGUUGCACAACUCUGCACAAGGUUUACGGCCCUGUUUAAACGUGUCAGGGCGUGAUGUCUUUAAAGACAGAUCUGCAAAACCUCUUAAAAUUGCUGAAAGUGAUGUGGAUGUGAAGUUAAGCCGGUUGUGUGAACAAGACAAGACCCUCCAGGACUUGGAAGCGAAGAUAAGGAUACUGAAGGAAGACAAGGAUAAGCUGGAGUCCGUUUUAGACGUGUCCCACAGGCAGAUGGAACAGUACAAAGAGCAGCCAGCCCAUGCAGAAAAAAUAGCCUGCCAACAAAGACUUCUGCAAGAGGACCUGGUUCAGAUCAGAGCCGAGAUAUCCAGAAUCUCGACGGAAAUGGAAAAAGCCUGGAGUGAAUAUGGGAAGCUGGAAAUGGACGUUGACCAGCUGGGAGAAGCGCUACAGGAACAAAUGAACAGAACAAUUCUCUCUCAGCAGGAAAAAUCACAAAUGCAGAAGGACUUGUGGAGGAUUGAGGAUGUGAUGGCAGGCCUCAGUUCCAGUAAAGCCAAUUAUAAAUUUACCAUUGAUUCUGUUCAAAAUCCAGAAAGACAAAUUGUGCCUUCAAUGUCAUCGCUAUCAGUGCCUUCGUUGUCCAUGUGUGUCUCUGAGCGGGAGAGUAGAUCGUUCAUGCAGCGCAGCUCCCAGCUGAGUCCUUCAGUGGAGACGAGGCUUCAGCCACAGGAGCAGCUCAGACCUCAGCCUCACCUGCUGCAGCUACAGAACCUCCAACCUCAUUCACUCUUUAAACCUGUGCCAAAGCUGGCAGAGGACGAGGCUCCCCCCAGACCCCCCUUGCCAUCCAUCUACAGCCCUGAUGAUCAGCCUCCUGCUGUACCCCCCCUUCCCAAAGAGGCUUCAGUCGUCAGACACAUGUCAGUGCGGGGCCUGAAGCGCCAGUCCGACGAGAGGAAGAAAGACCGAGAAUUCGGGCAGUAUGUGAAUGGGGACUAUAAGGUAGAGCUGCGAUCGUACAUGAGCGAACCUGAACUUAUCAACAUAGGAAGUGACCCCAGUCAGUUAAGCAUAGGAGCCUCUGGUCCUGACAGUGGGUACCAGACGUUGCCAAAUAGAGGACUGUCAGGCUCAACUUCAAGACUUAACCAGUCAACAAAUAUUCCUUCUUACGUAACACUUCAAAGAGGAGUUACUGCAUCUGGUUUAAAGGAAAGACCAAAGAGUGCCUUGGAGCGCCUUUACUCUGGAGAUCACCAAAAAGGCCGGAUGAGUGCGGAAGAACAACUGGAACGAAUGAAGAGGCACCAGAAGGCACUGGUCCGGGAGCGCAAGAGGACACUGAGCCAGGGAGAGCGCCUGUCUAUCUUGUCACACUCCUCCUCACGACCUGUCUCUGCAGACGUGAGCUCAUGGAAGCGAGAGCAAGAAUUUGAUUUACAGUUGCUAGAGCGAGAGUUGCGCGGGGAAGACAAGGGGAAAGAGAAAUCUGAUGACUGGCUGACAGUUCAAGCUGUGCCAAUGAAAGAGGCAGAUUUGGAGCCUCAAGAUUAUGAUCUGGACAUCAGCAGAGAGUUAUCAAAACCAGACAAAGUUUUAAUUCCAGAGCGAUACGUGGAAAUGGAUCCAGAGGAACCUCUCAGCCUUCAGGAGAUGGAGGCCCGCCAUCGUAAAGUAGAACGGAUCAAAAGCAUCCUCGCCAAAUCAAGUGUUCAAAACGUGCAGCCAGCAGUUAGUCUGGAUACACAUGACUUCACAGAUCUGGACUCUACACUGCAGGAGCAGGAGCGUAUUAUCACAAUGUCCUAUGCCCUGGCUUCAGAAGCAUCCCAGAAAAGCAAGCAGGUAGCAGCUGAACAGCAGGUGUAUGAACCCAAUGCACCCUCUCCUUCUGUUGCACAGGCACCUUAUCCCCCCCUAAGCAAUGGAUUUCACUACAGAUUUGUCUAAUUUGAAACCAAAGCCACAGCUGAACAUUAAGGUGCUGAGGAAACGCUGAUGUGGGAUACUAAGAACAAAGAAGCAGCAUGGAAGAGGAAGAGCUUGUUCAUGUUUAGAUUAGAUUGUGAAAGCUUAGUGUUUGGAGCUAAAACUAUUUUAAACUGCACAUUUGUUUAAUGAAAAUAUUAAAAGGGAUUUAUUUUGUAAAAUAACUCAAUCUUUGCAGUGAAUGCUGAUGUGAAUAUUAACUGUGGAAGUGUCUAACACAAUGUUAAUACUGUACCAGAGUAACCUUUUUAUACAUGCUAUUGCACUUUUAAUACAAACUGUAGAGUAAUGAGAUUAAAGAUCAGAAUGUGUGUGGUUUUUACAAAAAAAAAAAGUUUCACAAUGUUUGCAGUGUUUUAUGAAUACAAGGGUAGGUUUGUGUUUUUAAAUGUAUGUUACGAUGUUAAAAUGACUAAAAAGUCAUUUUAAAAAGGAUUGUAUACAAGGUCCUCAAUGAUUUUCAUCAAAUUGCUGAUUGUAUUUUUGUCUAAAACUCAAUUAUAUUCUUACACCAAAUCAAUUAAAAAAAUAUUUAUUAUCUAAUCCAGCACUGCCAUUAUAGACUUCAUAAUAGUUUGCCAAAUGGAUUUUAUUUUUUUGCUUGGAAACUCAGCAUAGAAAAAACACAUUUUAUCUGAAUAUUUCGGGGG